AUGUAUGGCGUUACCCAUCACAUGGCGACACCAUACCAUCCUCAAAUGAGCGGCCAGAUUGAGGUGUCUAAUAGGGAGCUGAAGCGCAUACUGGAGAAGACCAUGGGUAUCUCUCGGACAAACUGGGCGAGAAGGUUAGAUGAUGCGCUAUGGGCCUAUCAGACAACAUUCAAAAUACCAAUCAAGAUGUCGCCUUAUCGGCUCGUUUAUGGAAAAGCCUAUCAUUUACCCGUGGAGCUAGAACACAGAGUCUAUUGGGCUACGAGGACACUGAACUUCAAUUUACAAGCGGCUAGCAAGAAGAGAAUAUUACAAAUAAAUGAGAGGGAUGAGUUCCACAAUGAUACUUGUAAAAAUGCUCGGAUUUACAAAGAUAAAACUAAAAGAUGGCAUGACAAGCAUAUUCUGAUAAAAUGA